ACUUCCGGCUCUUGGCGUACGCUUUUCAACUUUGAGCCGGAAGUCGGGUCCAUCUGUCUCUUCCGGCGUCGGCUGCUGCUGCUGAAAAAAUGGUUCAGCGCCUGACAUACCGCCGUAGGCUGUCCUAUAACACAGCCUCUAACAAGACGAGGCUGUCUCGAACACCAGGAAACAGGAUUGUUUACCUUUAUACGAAGAAAGUAGGCAAGGCACCAAAGUCUGCGUGUGGUGUAUGCCCAGGAAGACUUCGUGGUGUUCGGGCUGUUCGCCCCAAAGUUCUUAUGAGGCUGUCCAAAACAAAGAAGCAUGUUAGCAGAGCCUAUGGUGGUUCCAUGUGUGCUAAGUGUGUUCGUGACAGGAUCAAACGAGCAUUCCUUAUCGAAGAACAGAAAAUUGUUGUCAAAGUGCUGAAGGCCCAAGCACAGAGUCAGAAAUCAAAGUGAUUAUUUGUAUUGUCUGCCUAAUAAUAAAUGAAAAUCUAACUUUU